AUGAAUCCAAUAAGACCAAUAAGAGUUUAAGAGGCAUACCGAUUUUCUUAAUUGGGUGUUAGUCAAACCAAUUUCAAGUUUGGUUAAAUAUUCUUCGAAUCAGAUAAAUAUAUCACAAUCAGAGAGACAGCCCCGAAUGGAGAUACUCAAUUAUUGCAAUUCAAUUUUGAGACAAAGCAAUUGAUUUCUCGUAAGCCAAACAAGGCAGACUCUGCUUUAAUGCAUCCAGAAAAGAAUAUCAUCGCUCUUAGAGCUGCAGGGGAAUAGCCAAAUUCAACUGUGAUCUAAAUCUUCAAUUUGGAUGAGAAGUAAAGAAUAAAGAAUGUCGAAUUGAAUGAGACUAUAGUGUUUUGGAGAUGGGUCAACCCAUAAAAAUUAGCAUAUGUUACUCCAACAGCAGUAUAUCACAUCAAUAUCACAAAUCCCAAUGAGCAACAAGUCAAAGUGAUGGACAGGUAUCCAUUGUCAUUAGAGAAUCCAGUGUAAAUCAUAGGAUAUGGAUUGGAAGGAAAUGAAAAAUGGUGUGCAUUAUAUGGUAUUUCAACACCAGAUGGAGGUAGAACAAUUAAUGGUCACAUUCAAUUAUUUUUGAUUGAAUAGGCAAGGUAAUAAAUCUUAGAAGGACAUUGUUGUUGUUUUGGAGAUGCCUUGAUUCACACAGAUGACUACAAAAGCAGUUUAUUCUGUUUUGUGGAGAGAAAGUCUGGUGAAACAACAAGCAGAUUACACAUCACAGAAAUUGGAGUACCACCCAAUGGAUUCUAAAAAUACAAAAGAUAAGUUGAAGUUUAAACUGAUCCAAAUUAUCCAACAGAUUUCCCAGUCUUAAUGCACAUUAAUCAAAAAUAUGGAUUGAUCUAUGUAAUAAGCAAAUUUUCAUUUUUGACUGUCUAUGAAUUAAGCACUGCCAGUUUGAUAUUCAGAGAGAGAAUCUGCAACGAGAAUGUCUUUGUAGGUGCCCCAAACAUUAAUCAAGGAUAAUAUCAUAUUAUUGGUAAGGAAGGUAUUGUCUACACAAUAUCUGUUAAUGAUGACUAAUUGGUGUCUUACUUAAUUAACACUUGCAGACAUAUUCCAGAUGUUAUUCAAUUGGGAUUCCGUUUGGCCAGUAGAUAUAAGCUUCCUGGAGCAGAUAAUAUGUUUGUAGAUCAAUUCAAUAAGGCCAUCUUAUCUGGAGAUGCUUUGAGUGCUGCUAAAAUUGCUGCCAGUGCUCCUGGUACAGUUCUUAGAAACCCAGAAAGAUAACCAUAACCACUCAUCGUCUAUUUCCAAACAUUAUUAGAAAAGGGAACAUUGAAUAAAUUUGAAGCUAUCGAAUUGUGUGGACCAAUUUUAUAACAAGGAAGAAAACAAUUCGUUGAAUAGUGGAUUGCAUAAAAUAAAUUAGAACCAUCAGAUGAAUUAGGAGAUCUCUUAAAAAGAUAUGAUGCCAAUUUAGCUAUUCAAAUCUACAAAUAAUCUAAAUCAUACUAGAAAUUAGCAUAAUGCUAUAUGGAAACUGGAUAGCUAGAAUUGGCUAUGCAAUUACAAUAACAAUUUGGAGUAUCAACAGAUUACAUGGCUAUGUUGAGAAAUAUGAUGAUGUAAUCUCCAGAACAAGCCUUAGCUAUGGCCAAAUCUUUAUAUCAAAGAGACCAAAGCAUCAAUGUUCAUCAAAUUGCUGAAUUAUUUGAAUAAUUCUAGAGAUUACCAGAAAUGACAGCCUUCUUGGUUGAAUGCAUGAAAAACAACAGAGCUGAAGAUGGACCACUCUAAACUAAAGUCUUAUGCUUGAACUUAUAGGCUGCUGCAUAAGUUGCCGAUGCCAUCUUAUAAAUGAACAUCUGGACCCAAUUUGAUAGAAUUAGAGUUGCCCAAUUAUGUGAAUAAAAAGGACUUUAUCAAAGAGCACUUGAAAAUUAUUCAGAUCCAAAGGAUGUUAAAAGAGUUAUUCUUAAUACUCAUGCUCUCCCUCCUGAAUUCCUUGUCAAUUUCUUAUCCAGAGUUGAUCCUGCAUUGACAUUAUAAUGCCUUUAAGAUUUAUUAAGACACAAUAGAUAGAAUCUAUAAGUUGUUGUCAAUCUUGCAUUAAAGUCUUUUGAAUCUGUUAGUGCAUUUGAAGGAGUCUACCUAUUUUUGGGAUCUUUGAUUAACACAACAUCUGAUAAGGAUAUCUAUUAUAAAUAUAUCGAAGCUGCUGCUAAAUGCAAUUAAAUCAAAGAAUUAGAAAGAGUUAUUACAGAAAAAGGAGAUUGUUAUGAUGCUGAUAAAGUCAAAAAUUACUUAAAGGAAUAAAAGUUAUCUGAUCCAAGACCAUUGAUAUUCUUAUGUGAUAUGAAUGGAUUUGUUGAUGAAUUGACCAGAUAUCUUUAUAAAAAUGGAUUCACUAGAUAUAUUGAAAUCUAUAUCUUCAAAGUUAAUCCUAAUGCUGCUCCUGGUGUAUUUGGUACAUUAAUUGAUUUGGAAUGCGAUGAAGUUUACUUGAAAUAAUUGUUGUAUAACAUCCGUGGAAUGUGUCCAAUUGAACCAACUGUUGAUGAAUUCGAAAAAAGAAAUAAACUUAGAGUCUUAGAAUAAUGGCUUGAAGCUAGAGUUACAGAAGGCAACCAAAUUCCAGCUAUUCACAAUGCAUUAGCCAAAAUCAAGAUUGAUACAUCAUAAGAUCCUGAUGGUUUCUUGAUCAAUAAUCAAUUCUAUGAUGCAAAGGCUGUUGGUAAAUUCUGUGAGGAAAGAGAUCCUUAAUUAGCAGUUCUAGCUUACAAGAGAGCUUGGGGACAAUGCGAUUAAGAAUUAAUUAAUUUAACAAACAAAAAUGAAAUGUACAGAGUCUAAGCCAAAUAUCUCGUAGAAAGAUAGGAUGUUGAUUUAUGGGCUGGAGUAUUAUAAGAGACAAAUCCACACAGAAAAAAUUUAAUUGACUAUGUCAUUUAAGCAUUACAAGACUCAAAGAAUGUUGAUGAAGUUUAAGCAGCUGUCAAAGCAUUUGUGUUGGCCAAGAUUCCUUAUGAAUUAUUGGGUUUGUUGGAGAAAUUGGUUUUACAUAACCCUGAAUUUAUGUAAUACAAAUAAUUAUAGAAUUUAUUAAUCAUCACAGCCAUUCAAAGUGACACAAGCAAAGUGUUGGAUUACAUCAAUAGAUUGGAUAAAUUCGAUCCAUAAAUUAUUGCUUAACAUUGUUUGAAUGAAGAAUAUAACUUGUUUGAAGAGGCUUAUGCUGUCUUUAAGAAAUUUAAUUUACACAUUGAUGCUGUUAAUGUAUUACUCAGAAAUUUGGGAAGCAUUCCAAGAGCUCAUGAAUAUGCUUAGUAUGCUAGUUCCCCAGAAGUAUGGUCAUUAUUGGCUGAAGCUUAUUUGAAUUAAGGAUAAACAAAUGAAUCAAUUGAUUGCUACAUCAAGGCUAAUGAUUCAAGUGCAUUCUUGAAUAUUAUUAAUGUUGCUGAAUAAGAAGAGAAAUAUGAAUUAUUAGUCAAAUAUCUCUUAAUGUGCAGAUAAACAGUCAAGGAUGUCAACAUUGACAAUUCAUUAAUCUAUUGUUAUGCAAAAUUAGACAAGAACUUAGAUGUUGAAUCUUUGAUUUAAUCAAGCAACUCAGCAGAUGUAAUUAAGGUAGGAGAGAGAUGCUAUGAUCAAUAAUUAUAUGAGGCAGCUAAGAUCUUGUUCACUGCCCUUAAAAAUAAUGCAAGAAUAGCAUCUUGUUUGGUUAGAUUAAAAUAAUUUAACAAAGCUAUUGAAGCAGCUUAAAAGGCCAAUACUUCCAAGACAUGGAAAGAAUUAUGCUUUGCUUGUGUUGAGGCAUCAGAAUUCAAGUAUGCUUCGAUUGCUGCUUAGAAUAUUAUCAUUGUACCAGAUAUGUUGGAGUCAUUGAUAAAAUAAUAUGAAGAAUACAAUGCAUAAGAGGAAAUGAUGAUAUUAUUGGAGAAUGCCUUAGGUAUGUAAAGAGCACAUGUUGGUAUCUUCACAGAAUUAGCAGUUCUUUAUUGCCAUUACAAAUAGAAGAAAGUCAUGGAACACUGCAGAUAAUACUUCUAGAAGAUGAACAUUUUGAAAGUCUUAAGAACUUGUGAAAAGAUGUGUCUCUGGAGUGAAGCUGUCUACUUACAUCAACACUAUGAUUAACCAGAUAAUGCUAUCAACAUUAUGAUCGAGCAUUCACCAACUGCCUUCUCACAUGAUGUUCUAGUCAUGUUACUCUAAAAGAUUACCAAUACAGAUUUGUAUUACAAAUGUAUUCUCUUUUACCUUGAAGAAUAACCAGAAUAAAUUAAUGAUUUAUUGAGAAGCAUUCAAUCUAAGAUCGAUUUAAGCAAAUUUGUUAAAUUGAUGAAGAACACUGGCUAUUUGGCUUUGACAUUACCAUUUUUAUAACAAAUCCAAAAUGCCAAUAACAAAGAUGUUAACGAUGCCUUGAAUCAACUCUAUUUAGAUAUUGAGGACUAUGAAAAUCUUAGAGAAUCAGUCAAGAACUAUGAAAACUUUGACUAAUUGGCUUUGGCAUAAAAGACCUAAUCUCACGAAUUAGUUGAAUUCAGAAGAAUCGCUGCUUAUUUAUAUAGAAAGAUUUAGAAAUAUGAUUUAUCAAUGAACUUGAGUAAAUAAGACUAAAUGUACAGAGAUGCCAUCGAAACUGCUUAAGAAUCUUAGAAUGUUAAGUUAGUCUAUGAAUUAUUGGAAUUCUUCAUAUAGAAUAAGGAGAGCGAGUUCUUUACAGUGUGUCUUUACACAUGCUAUGAUUUAUUGAAACCAGACUAAGUUAUGGAAUUGACCUGGAGAUCAGGCCUUAUGGAAUUUGCUAUGCCAUACUUCAUCUAAAUCACUUGGGAAUUGACUCACAAGAUUGAGUAUGUAUAAAAGAAGCACGAGGACAGAGAAAAGAAGGAAAUUCAAACUGCAUAAUAACAAUAAUCAUAAGCCUUACCAAUAGCUUAAGAUUUCCUAUUGAACUAAGGUUAAUUAAUGUUGGGUCCACCCAGCUAGAUGAGUAGUAGCAAUUUAGGUUUUGGAUAGUCUUCAGGUUUUACAAAUUCCUAAAUGAAUUAAGCUCCUAUGGGUUAUGGAGGAUAACAAUUUGGAUCAUACUAGCCACCAGGUUUUUGACCAAAUUAAACAUAUUAAAAUAAAACAUAUAUAAUUUUAUUUCCUA